GGAAUCGAAAAUGAACUGGGGGUCCUUUUACGCCGUGAUCAGCGGCGUAAACAGGCAUUCCACCGGCAUCGGCCGCAUCUGGUUGUCUGUCAUCUUCAUCUUCCGAAUCCUGGUCCUCGUAGUGGCGGCCGAGUCGGUCUGGGGAGACGAGAAGUCUGGCUUCACCUGCAACACCCAGCAGCCCGGCUGCAACUCUGUCUGCUAUGACCAGUUCUUCCCCAUCUCACACAUCCGCCUGUGGGCCUUGCAGCUCAUCCUGGUGUCCACGCCUGCUCUCUUAGUGGCCAUGCACGUAGCCCAUCGCAGACACAUCAACAAGAAGAUCCUGAAGAAGUCCGGGCGCGGUUCCCCCAAGGAGCUGGAACAACUCAAGAACCAGAAGUUUGAGAUCACAGGCGCCCUCUGGUGGACCUAUAUGAUCAGUGUGCUGUUUAGGAUCGUUCUGGAAGUCGGCUUCCUUUAUAUAUUCUACCUGAUCUACCCUGACUUCAAGAUGUUCCGUCUGGUCAAGUGUGACUCGUACCCCUGCCCCAACACUGUCGACUGCUUUGUGUCGCGACCCACGGAGAAAACCAUCUUCACCGUGUUCAUGCUCUCAGUGUCGGGGGUGUGUGUUCUCCUCAACCUGGCCGAGGUGGCCUACCUGAUUGGCAGAGCCUGUCUAUGGUGUAUCCAUGGAAACCAGAGCGAGAAAAAAGUAGCAUGGAUCGGUCAGAAACUGUCCUCCUACAAACAGAAUGAAAUCAACCAGAUGAUCGCUGACCAGUCGAAGUUCAACGUUGGAGCUAGGAAGACCUCUAUGGAGAAGGGAGAGAGGUGCUCUGCUUUCUAAUAGGCUGCCCUGGAGGGAGAGAGUUGUUCUGAUUCGCUGCCUAUGGAGAAGGGAGAGCGGUGCUCUGCUUUCUGAUAGGCUGCCUAGUCCUAGUUCCCACUCAUUUUCACUGCUUCAAACUAAUGAACUGUAACCAGCUUGGAAUCAUACUGUAUGGAAAUCCUCAAUAGCUCCAUCUAGUAAUAACAUCAAUCAUUCACUCAUUUAGUUCUUCAUCCAUUUAUUCUAGUGAAUGGUGCUAGGUUCUCAACAUUCCUUCCUGUGGUAGGAUAUGAAGAGGAACAAACCAACCCAGACAAACUCAAUGCUGGAUUGGAGGAAGAACUUUGUUUCAUGGUGAUCGACAAGGUCUUGGGGCAGGUCUCACAUCCUUGGGGCAGGAACUGGUGGAUAAAGGAACAUUUGUUUCAGCACAUGACUUGAGAAACCCAUUGUAUUGGAACUCACUGAGUCUCCAACAGCACGGAGACUACUCCUACAGCAUGGAGACUACUCCUACAGUAGGUAGACUACUCCUACAGCACAGAGACUACUCCUACAGCACAGAGACUACUCCAACAGUAGGUAGACUACUCCUACAGCACAGAGACUACUCCUACAGCACAGAGACUACUCCUACAGCACGGAGACUACUCCUACAGCACGGAGACUACUCCAACAGCACAGAGACUACUCCUACAGAACAGAGACUACUCCUACAGCACAGAGACUACUCCUACAGCACAGAGACUACUCCAACAGCACAGAGACUACUCCAACAGCACAGAGACUACUCGUACAGCACGUAGACUACUCCAACAGCACAGAGACUACUCCUACAGUAGGUAGACUACUACUACAGCACGGAGACUACUCCUACAGUAAGUAGACUACUCCUACAGCACGGAGACUACUCCUACAGCACGGAGACUACUCCAACAGUAGGUAGACUACUCCUACAGCACAGAGACUAC